CGCCAGGCGCGGGCCGCGGCGCAGUUCCCGGGAACCUCUGCGGGGCGGCGGCGGCGUUUCCGGGGAGCCGGUUGGCGGGCGGACCCGGCUCCUGUGCGGGGCGGAAGUGGGCGGCUGCGGUCCGAGGGGAGCCGCGCUGCGGGCGGAAUCUGGCCGAGCUGGAGGGCGCCGGGGAGCGGAGCUCGGGCGGCCCCCGAGGCCCGGGCGAGCGGACAGCUGCGGGGCCUGCGGCGAGCGCGGCGGUGCCCGGGGAGCGCGGAGGGGAUGGGGCGCCGAGCCGGGUUGGGGCCGGGGCCUCGGCCAUGUUCGCGGGGCUGCAGGACCUGGGCGUGGCCAACGGCGAGGACCUGAAGGAGACGCUGACCAACUGCACCGAGCCGCUCAAAGCCAUCGAGCAGUUCCAGACAGAAAAUGGCGUGCUGCUGCCCUCCCUGCAGUCGGCCUUGCCCUUCUUGGACCUGCAUGGGACGCCCCGACUGGAAUUCCACCAGUCAGUGUUUGAUGAGCUUCGGGACAAGCUGCUGGAGCGCGUGUCAGCCAUUGCCACGGAGGGGAAGGCCGAGGAGAGGUACAAGAAACUCGAGGAUCUUCUGGAGAAGAGCUUUUCUCUGGUGAAGAUGCCAUCUCUGCAGCCAGUGGUGAUGUGCGUCAUGAAACACUUGCCCAAGGUUCCUGAGAAGAAGCUGAAGCUGGUGAUGGCCGACAAGGAGCUGUACCGGGCUUGCGCCGUGGAGGUGAAGCGGCAGAUCUGGCAGGACAACCAGGCGCUCUUCGGCGACGAGGUCUCCCCGCUGCUGAAACAGUACAUCGUGGAAAAGGAGAGCGCGCUCUUCAGCACGGAGCUGUCCGUCCUGCACAACUUCUUCAGCCCUUCCCCCAAGACCAGGCGCCAGGGCGAGGUGGUGCAGAGGCUGACGCGGAUGGUGGGCCGCAACGUGAAGCUGUACGACAUGGUGCUGCAGUUCCUGCGCACGCUCUUCCUGCGCACGCGCAACGUGCACUACUGCACGCUGCGCGCGGAGCUGCUCAUGUCCCUGCACGACCUGGACGUCGGCGACGUCUGCUCCGUGGACCCCUGCCACAAGUUCACAUGGUGCCUGGACGCUUGCAUCCGAGAGCGGUUCGUGGACAGCAAGAGGGCCCGGGAGCUGCAGGGCUUCCUUGACGGAGUGAAGAAGGGGCAGGAGCAGGUCCUGGGGGACCUGUCCAUGAUCCUGUGUGAUCCCUUUGCCAUCAACACCUUGUCACUGAGCACCGUUAGGCACCUGCAGGAGCUGGUGGGCCAGGAGCUGCUGCCCAGGGACAGCCCGGAUCUCCUCUUGCUGCUCCGGCUGCUGGCGCUGGGCCAGGGUGCGUGGGACAUGAUCGACAGCCAGGUCUUCAAGGAGCCCAAGAUGGAGGUGGAGCUGGUCACCAGGUUCCUGCCCACGCUCAUGUCCUUCGUGGUGGACGACCACACCUUCAACGUGGAUCAGAAACUCCCAGCCGAGGAGAAGGCCCCGGUCGCGUACCCGAGCACGCUGCCAGAGAGUUUCACCAAGUUCCUGCAGGAGCAGCGCAUGGCCUGCGAGGUGGGGCUGUACUACGUGCUGCACAUCACCAAGCAGAGGAACAAGAACGCGCUCCUGCGCCUGCUCCCGGGGCUCGUGGAGACCUUCAGCGAUCUGGCGUUCGGCGACAUCUUCCUGCACCUGCUCACGGGCAACCUGGCGCUGCUGGCGGACGAGUUUGCCCUGGAGGACUUCUGCAGCAGCCUCUUUGACGGCUUUCUCCUCACCGCCUCCCCGAGGAAGGAGAACGUGCAGCGGCAUGUGCUGCGGCUCCUCCUCCACCUGCACCACCGGGUGGCCCCGUCCAAGCUGGAGGCCCUGCAGAAGGCACUGGAGCCCACGGGCCAGAGCGGAGAGGCGGUGAAGGAGCUGUACUCCCAGCUCGGGGAGAAGCUCGAGCAGCUGGGCCGCAGGAAGCCCAGCCCGGCCCAGGCCGCAGAGACUCCAGCCCUGGAGCUGCCCCUCCCCACCGUGCCCGCCCCGGCUGUACUGUGAGGCGCCCCUGUGCCUGUGAGAGCAGGAGGCCCUCUCUCCUGGAGGUGGACCGACUGUUCCUGGGACUGGGGGUGGGCUGAGCGGAGACCCCGGGGACCGUCCUGUGGGCGGGGCACCCGUGCUCUGCACCUCAGCCUCCCCUGGAACUUGGUCCUGGGAGGUGUGUGCCUGCUGCGUGAAUGGGGCCCGUGGCCCCCGGCCGGCUCCCUGGAGCACACGCCUGCUCCAGGUCUGCUGCGCCCCGCCUGGCCCCUCGCGCUCCCACGCCGCGGAAGGCUGCUUUCUCGUUCCUCCUCGCCUUGUGGUUUCCACUGCUGUCGGGCAGACAGGCAGUAGUUGGGAUUAGGAAAAGGACACCUGUUUUCCAAGGGGCGGGGGGCAGGGUCCGAGGCCUGAGGGGAAGAGGGCGGGCCGGCAGGGUUGGCGCCCGAUUGGUGGAGUUUGCUGGGGGCGGGGGUCUGCAGGUGGAGCCCGGCUCUCCAGGGAGCUCCUCCCCUGUUGACAGCCCCGGGCGGCACGUGGGGGAGGAAAGCCCAGGCUCCCGGCGGCCUCGAUUUGCCCGCAGUGCGCUCGGCCCGCCGAGGGUCUGCUCCUGCUCGCAGGGAGACUUUCACUUCUGUAAAUAAACGGCGUUUUGGUAAA